UGUCCUGUCUUUAUGAAUGCAUGCUAUUGGCUCUUCCUGUAUGAAUUCCAGUACUCCAUCUGUAAUGAGCCUCUGAUUGAGCUGUCCAACCCCGGGGCCAGCAGUUCCUGGUUCUACCUGACCAGCGACGAUGAGUUUGUCAAUAAGACAGUGCAGCAUAAAGAGGCUGAGUUCCUGCAGAAACUCCUUCCUGGAUACUACAUGAACCCGAGGACACUGCUACCCAAGUUCUAUGGCCUGUACUGCAUCCAGUGUGCUGGUGUCAACAUCUGCCUGGCGGUGAUGAACAACGUGAUGCCCAGGGCCCUCCAUAUGCACUACGACCUGAAAUACGACCUGAGGGGCUCCACCUACAAACGCCGCGCCUCGUGCAAGGAACGCGCCAAGUUCUCACCCACCUUCAAAGACCUGGACUUCCAGGAGAUGCUUGAGGGCAUGCACUUUGAUGGUGACACGUACAGUACCUUAAUGAAGACAAUGCAGAGGGACUGCAGGGUCCUGGAGAGUUUUAAGAUCAUGGACUACAGUCUCCUGCUGGGGGUGCAUGUGCUGGAACGAAGUGUCUGAACAGGGGGGACCAGGGCGGACAGAAAGCGCCUCAAUGGCCAGAGGGUCCUCUACUCCACCGCCCUGGAGUCCAUCCAAGGGGACGGCAAGGUUGCAGAGCCAGUGGCCGAUGACACAAUGGGUGGAAUUCCAGCUAAACACAAAGAUGAGAAGCUGCAGAUCUUCUUAGGGAUCAUUGACGUCCUACAGGAUACAGUGUCAGUUCAAAGGCCUGGUUUCUAUGCAGACAGAUUUUUGAAGUUCAAAAAGAUCCAUCCUCUAAGAGGAGCAAUCUCCAAGAGGAAGAGGAGCUCCAUCCAUGCGAUGAGGUCAGCCUCCCAGGAGGUACUGUCCCCCCCAAAAGGAGGAGAAGAAGGACGAGAGAAAGGCCCAAAGCAUGGAGAGCCUGGGCGGACAAUUAAUGAGUUCCUUCAAGCACCCUGACCUAGUCCUACUCCCUAAAUGUUUCAAUCAGGCUUUUUCCUCAUCCUCCUCCACUCUUGAGAAGAUCAAGAAAGACCUUGAGGAGCACCUGGAGAAUAGUGAUAACCAUUGUGACUCCAAUGCAAAUGUGGCCCUGGAUGACACUGUCCCCUCUCCCCAUACCCAGGGCAGCCCAGACUCUACGCAAUGUCUAAUGGUGGGUGUACAAGAUACACUAUACAUUUAGUUAGGAGUCAUUAUCUGUUUAAUAGUGUCUAUGACAUCAUCACUUCUGCUUGUCUCUAUGAUAUCAUAAAUAUUCCAUGCCUUUUGUAAGGUCACUGAUUGUGUCGCUCUGUGACAUCAUCGCUAACUUAGCUCCUAUGUAUGACAUCACUAAGAUGUAUUUAGACAUUUCCCGUAUAUGUCUGUCUCUGACAUCAUCAGCAUCGUUUUUUUUUUGUUCUUCUCUAUUACCAAUCCUCUCUGUGAAAUCCCUGUUUGUUUGGUAAUCUAUGACAUCUCCAACAUCUCCUCUCUGUUACAUCUCUGAUUCUCAACCUCUUAUGUUCUAGUGAAGACAGGUGGAAGAAGAUGAAAAGUCCCUUCCCACAGCAUCACUAAAUAGAUAAUGAUCUCUUUAAGCGUCAACUGCACAUAAAAACACUAUGACAGUGCUCCAAUACAGACUGUCCUGCUCCAUUUUUAUGGAAUGGUCUGCCUACCAAUGUGAGAGACGCAGACUCAGUCUCAACCUUUAAGUCUUUACUGA